CAGGCCCCAAAACCCGCUUUUCUUUAACCACCUCCCCGGGGGAGGCGUGGGGCAGGGCUGCGGGGGUCUGUGGCUGGCAGAGCCGGCUCCCCUGCCCCGAAAGGGCGGAAAGCAAGGGCCGGCCCCCACGGAGGGUGACCGCCAGCAGCCUGCGCCCCGGCGGCGGGGAGACGGGGCGGGAGCGGCCUGGGGCCCCCCGCCGGGCCCGCGGCCUGCGGCGGCGGAACGCAGCGGCGGGCGCAGGUUGCGGAGGGCCGGUUUGAGGAGGGCACAGCGCGGCGCGGCGGGAGGCGGCGGGGCCGUGGUGGCGGCAUGAGGGAGCUGGCGGCCGGCCUGAGGAUGGAGUGCGACAUCUUGGACGCGCUGGAGGCCUUGGGGUACACAGGUCCCCUGUUGGAGGAGGAAGCCCUGAACAAAGCAGCAGAAAAUGGAUUGUCUUCACCAGAAUUUUUUGAGCUUUGUGUUUGGUUAGGUUCCCAAAUAAAGUCACUUUGUAAUAUGGAAGAAAGCAUCACUUCAGCAGAUGGUGAUAAAGAUGUAGAGAGCUUCCAGCUUGAGAUUAGUGGCUUUCUGAGAGAAAUGGCUUGUCCGUAUUCAUCACUUAUAUCUGGAGACAUCAAGGACAGAUUAAGAGAGAAAGAAGAUUGUCUUAAACUCCUCUUGUUUCUAAGUACAGAACUUCAGGCUUUAAAGAUAUUGCACAGCAAGAAAAUUAAAGGCUCUCAUUUGGAAAAGCGCAAUGAAAUUUAUCAAGAAGUGCAAGCUAUUUGCGAUGCACUGGGCCUGCCAAACUCCUCAACUUCUGAUAUUCCUCCCUUGUUAACUAAUGUGGAACAAAAGAUAAAGGACAUUCUCUCAAAAGUUCAAAAUAACCUUGUGGGGAAAUCACUGCUAACAAAACCACUGAAUUCUGACCAAGUGGAAAGAUUGGAAAAAAUCAAUGAUGCUCUUUGCAGUGAGUAUGAAUGUCGCCGACGUAUGUUAAUGAAGAGGCUGGAUGUGACAGUACAGUCUUUUGGCUGGUCAGACAGAGCAAAGGUAAAAACAGAUGACAUAGCACGAAUCUAUCAGCCGAAGCGCUAUGCAUUAUCUCCAAAGUCAACUAUUACAUUAGCUCACCUUCUUGCUGCUCGAGAAGAUUUAUCGAAGAUCAUAAGAACAAGUAGUGGAUCAACACGGGAAAAUACAGUCUGUGCAAUCAACAAGGUUCUGAUGGGGAGAGUACCUGACCGUGGAGGCAGACCAACAGAGAUUGAACCACCUCCUCCCGAAAUGCCUCCUUGGCAAAAAAGACAAGAAGGUGGUGGAAGAGGUGGCUGGGGAGGUGGGGGUGGGGGUGGAAGGGGUAACUGGGGGGGUGGAGGGGGUAGAGGAGGAGGUGGUGGUUUUGGAGGUGGGGGUUUUGGAGGUGGGGGUUUCAGAGGUGGUGGAAGAGGUGGAGGUGGCUUCCAAGGUGGCAGGGGAGAUUAUGGUGGCAGGGGAGGUUAUGGUGGCAGGGGAGGCUAUGGUGAUCCGUAUGGUGGAAGAGGAGGGGGAGGAUACCGAAGAUACUAAAAUACUGUAAAUAGUAACAGAGUAACUGGCAAAAUAUAGUGGUAGUGUUUACUGGUAUCAGGAAUUUAGGUAUGUCAACUUGGAUUUAGGUUAGAAUUAAGUAUGACCAUAUGAAUCAUUGCAUUAGAGCAACUGAUGUUGUCAUUGAAUUCUUUUAGUUAACUGAACAGAACUUUUAUACUAAAAUGUGAUGACUAAAGUCCUUGUUUUUCGUACUGCUCAUAUGGUGUUUUUUAUUAUGUCAUUUUAUUUAAAAUAAGCCUCUGAACACUGAAUAAAACCCUUUCUAAAGAAACAAAAUAUAUUAUUUUAUAUUCAGGCCUCUAAUUAUUGCCUGUUGCAUGCCCACUCCCCUGCUCCAAAAUGCUAUGUAUUAAAAACAAAAUAGGCCUAAUAACCACAUGGAAACACUUUUAAGACUCUAGAAUGCUGCUUUCAGGCUUUUUCUCAUCUAGUUUUCAUGUGGGACAUGUAAACAAAUUUUUAUGUUAAAUGUUAAAAUCCUUAAGGCUUUCGUCAAAAUUAUUCAGUUAGGUUUCUUCUUCUUUCAGGACUUCACAUAAAAGUAGCAUUCUGAAUUAAUACUCCACAGAAACUAAUAAAAUGCUGUUCUGUGUGUUCAGAAAUAUAUCAGAAACUAUUUGAAGGUCAGAGCAUAUACCAUAAAUUCAUAAUCAUGGUGAGUUUUGAUAGUGUCUAUUUUUAUUUUACCUGUUUUCCAUUUUAUUGGUGUUUCAUAAAAAUAUUUUAAGAUCAGAUUGGGCAGCAGACUUCCGUGGUCAUCGUAUCUGAAUCAGCCUUGAGACAUAAAGGUAGAAUAAGCUACGCUUCUGGAGAAAGAACUUACCAUUUCUUUUUUUUUUUUAUCCCCUUCUUUUUUCCUCCCCCACCUGCUUUAUGUUGGGGAAUCACCAGCUGCCCAGCUAAUAAGACAUCUCAUACAGCAGUCGCCCUUCCUCAGCGAUUUCUCUCUUAUUCUGCCAACUGAUUGGUCUGAUAAGCUAAAAAGCGCUGUCUUGAUAUGGUGUGGGUGCCUCCUGCUUCGUAGACAGUGUUACUUUAGAAGGAGUUAGCUUUCAUACAGUUAUGGCUGUGAAUACGUGUAGACAAGAAUUAAAUUUAGAGCUGUCAGUUAAAGAUGACAGUUUCUGUUGUUCAGUGUCUUUUAGAUCUUCUCCCCUGCUGUGAGGCCACUCCUGAGUGCAGAGGUGGAAGAGGGAGAUGAUGCCCAAGUAUAUACCCAUGACAGUGUUUGUCAGGGGCAGGUUACUAGAGAGACAUUCGGGAAGGCAUCUGGUAAACCUGGGGGUGCCUGUUGAUUGCAUAGCACAGAAACCUUGAAGCACUUUGAGUAUGUAGCUGUAGGCUUAACUGCAGGUUGAACUUCAGGAUUUGAUUUUGGUUUUAUGUUCCACAGUUAAGAGAUUUUUCUGCACAAAUUUCCUAUUGGUGUCCAUAUUUAGUACGCUUUAAAGAGGUUAUUUUACUUUCAGGAAUGUGCACGUCAUGUCCCAUUUCAUAGGCAGCUUUGUGCAUGAAUGUAAAGCUCUGUUUAAAACCAAUUUAUUAUCUAUUCCAAAAGCCUGUUUCAGAUUUUAUUAAUUAGCCAUCACCAACCUUUUAAUUUAAAACUUUAAUCCAGAUAAACUUCAAAAGUUUCUCUCCUGUUAUUUCUUCUCUGAUCAUAGUCUGCUUGAGAAUGCUGCUUGCGAUGUGAUAGAUCCGGCCAUACCUUAGGGUCCCGGCAGCUGCCUAACAAAAAAGGGCAGGAGUUUGCCUUGCUUGAACAUGUUAGCUUGGGUGUGAACUCUUGAAAUAAUGGCUUAACUUCACCCAACUGCUAGCAAUAUUUACUUUGCCAGUUUUUUCCUGCACUCCUUUCUGGCCUCAGCUGUUGCCAGCCUCUGCAGACAUUAUGAAGAGAGGCCCUCAUGGGUCAUGUGGGAGCGUAGUAAUGGUUUUCUUGCUUUUGAGCUUGUUUUUUUGCCUAAUGCUCUGGAAUAGCUCACAAAUUUAUGACAUACCAAGUGGCCUUGGAGGUAGAGUGUUGGUCAGCAAAGGAAUGGAGAGAGUAGUUUUUAACAACCAAAGCUUUAAUAUAAAAUUUGUUUUGCUCAUUCAGUGUUGUUUUUUCCUACAAGUAAUUUCCAAACAGCAGUCAAGCAUUUAGCUUCACCAAGGAAAUAUGCUGGGAAAAUCAAAUGGCUAUACUGUGCAUAAAGAUUUCCACAGUCUUAAGAUGUGAAGUUGCACUGGUUGAGUUGAACUGUUUUAACUAUGUAUGUGGGUGUCCCUUGGUGCUUUUACAUUCAACAGUUUAUCCUCUUUGUAGCAGGCAGGGCAGUUCAGAAUGAAGUAAACCAUCAAGUGAACCAGCUGUGUGCCCAUGUGUAAUUCUAACAGUUAAAUUAUUUCAAUAUCGUAUUUCGGUUAUAUUUAUGUAGACCAUAUAAAAGAUGUAAAUUUAAACAGGUUGGAGAUUUUGGUUUUUUAAUUUGACCAUUUCAGUUUUUCUUAAAUAAUUCCAAAAUGUGAAUCCAGUACUUGAAAACUAAUGUAAGCACCACUACAUUUCAUAGAGGUAUCCUUUUCUGUCCUAUGUUGUCAGAACGUAUGCUUUUAAUUUAUCAAAAGAUGCAAUACCAUGAAAAUAAUUGAUUUAAACUUCUUCUCAAAUUUUGUAUGUUUAUCUUGAAAAAAGGCAUUUUCAAAAAUUCUGCUGUAAGUAAAAGAUUUUCAUACAUGCUUGUGAGCAUUUUUGUGUUUAAUCACACUUAGUGAAUAUCUAUAUGAAUAUUGUUUUAUUUGAGAAUUGAAAAAUAGGUGAGUGGGUUUUUUCAGGAUUUGGGAGAGAUACUUUUGUUAACAGCUGUAAACACUGAGGAAUAAAGUACUGUAUUUGAAGUUAUUUGCA